CACUCUGCGUCAGCCAAUCAGUAAAGCGCGUGUUGACGCACUCCCUCAACAGUCAUGGUGGGCAUGAGCGUACUGCGGACGGCGGCUUCGUUUGCAGCCAGAUUAAACCCGCUGAAACGAACAUGUCAAUCUUCGAAUCUGCUCUCCAGGACUGUUGCACGUUCAGAACAAGUUGUCGUCCGUCAUGGGAGCCAUGGGAAAAGGAUGUUUGUCAUCAAGCCCACUGACUUCUAUGAUAGAAGAUUUCUUUACCUGCUGAGAAAUUACAUUCUUCUCACUGGCAUCCCUGUGGCAGUGCUUGUGACCUUUGUUAAUGUUUUUGUAGGAGAAUCUGAGUUAGCAGAGAUACCUGAAGAUUAUGAACCAGAGCACUGGGAGUACUACAAGCAUCCCAUCACCCGUUGGAUUGCUCGUACCUUUUAUGACAGCCCAGUCAAGGACUAUGAGAAAAUGAUGGCACUUAUCCAAAUUGAGACUGAGAAGGCUGAAAUGAGACAUAAACAACUUGAAGUCCGCCGACACAUGAGAGAAAAAGGAGAUGGACCCUGGUUCCAAAUUCAGACACUUGAUAAGAAUCUCAUCGACCACAGUCCCAAAUCAUCCCCUGAUAACUAAGAGUGGUCAUGCAUACCUGUCCAAAAUAUUCAGGCAUUAUACAAUGUAUAAUGUGUAGUUAUUAAUAAAAAAUGUUUUCUUUUUUUCCCUUUUCUUUGCCUCUGGCACCAAUAAACGAAUGAUUAUAACUAA